CAAACGGACCCCGAAGUCCAAGCCGUUGACCUAGUUGGAUCUUGGGACAAUUUUUCGUCCCACUACCCGAUGGAGCGUGAUUAUCGCCGUGGCCCCGGUCAAUGGAAAGGCUGUCAUCUUUUUCGGGACAUCAUCUGCAACGGUGACCUGAACAAGACACGACAUGGGGCCCUGCAGAUGGGUCACACCUACUACUACUACUACGAAGUGGAUGGGUCCACUGAAACAUAUGAUCAGAGUAUGCCGUCAACUACAACUUGCCCAUAUAUGCCUGGACAGACCGUCAACACAUUGACCGUUCCAACGCAACAAACUUUACGCCAGAGGAGCGUAUCACUCAGCUCAAUGAGAAUCACCGACUAUACCACGAUGGAUCCGACCGCGAAGUUCCUCCCCCCUCAGCCAAUGAUGCUCCCGUCAAUGGCUGAAGGUGUCGAGGCUCGCAAGCGAACUGCACCGGCCCUGUUCCGCCACACAGCACCUCGAUCACGUUCGCCUUCGCCAGCCUGGAAGCGAUUCUUUCACCACAAGUCAAAAGACGAUGACCGUGGCCGCUCUCUGGAUCGCGACGAGGACAGCUUGAGACCAUCCACCGCCUGCGAUGAUAAUCGCAGCGCCGCCUCUUCAAGUAGAAGCCGGAAUCGUUCGAUAUCCCCAGAGUCGCUACGACGUUUCUUGACCGAAGACCCUCCAUCCAGACCUGGAUCGAACCGCAGCGAGCGUCCGACGCUUAUUAUCCCCGAGGAUAUUGCAGAGGAGAAUGAGGACGAUGAUAACUUCGCAACAUCCGCAAUCUCGGAGUACCCUCCCUUUGCCAUGGGUUUGUCACCGCCUCCAGCACAGCGCCCGACGACUCCUCGCGAGUCAGCACCUUUGACAUCCAAGAACCUCAGCUCCCUCACACUGGCCACAUUGUGUCCUCCCAGCCGGGGUCAAGAUACUAGGGAGAAGGGCACUGCUGUAUGCACUGGUGAAAAUGAGAUGCCCUCGCUUGAGAUCCCAACUCAGGCGCCCAGCACCGAUUUGACUUCUGCUGCUUCCAGUGUCAUGGCCUCCCCGCUCUCGGCUUUGACACCUGAUGAGGAGAUGCUCACCUUCUACGACGACUCAAACGACGAGGAUGAGGAAGUCCCAGCUUCUGGGCUGUCCGUUCGCCGCAAAGCUGUUCCCCUUCGAUCGCGUUUCACUGGCUACAGCCUGCCUCAGCAGGGUGAUAACCGAAAGAAGUUUGAACUCCAGGCAACUGGUGCGCGCCUCAACCCUCCAAGCCUCAUGGCCGAGCCAUUGAGCCCUGCUGAUACUCUUUCGAAGGUUCUUCUCUCUCCAGUCGACACCGGCCUGGAUGAUUUUCUGAAUGAGUUGGGUCUUAUUGUCGAUGCAGUAGGCACCAAAGACAACUGA